UGUCGCCAGUUCACCUCAGUUCCAGACAUGGCAGCGUUGAGACAGGAGCAUCGGUAUGGACUCUCCUGUGGAAAGAUUAAUAAAAGCAUUCCCAACAAAACCAUCUUUCACGUCAAACUAACCGACACGGCCAUCCGGACGCUGGAAGCCUAUCAGAAUCUCAAGGGGUCCUUACCAAAUCAGCCGGCAAUUUGCUUCAAGGGGAACCAGGGGUAUAUCAAGAUUCCAGCGUCCUUGGAUUCCCCUGAUGCUUUCCGUGUUUUCUCAUUCUACCUGUCCAGCGACAGUAAAGACAAACCUCAGGCCAGCUUUGAUUGUGUUCACCAGUUUGUUUCGGGAGAUGGCAGGGAUCGUCUGGAAGGUCAGGGCAGUAUUCAGGAUAAAAUCACAGUGUGUGCCACCGACGAUUCCUACCAGAUGACACGCGAGCGCAUGUCUCAAGUGGAAAAGGACAUCUGGAGUCGCUCAGCCAUCGAAAUCAAACCUGGAUCUACACGUCCAAGUAAAUGUGUGAAGAUUAAGAAGAAACAGAGUCUUUCAGCAAGUUUUGACAGCACUAACAAACAUUCACCGAGCAACAAGAAGAACGGUGGUCCCGGCCUGGUGACUCACAGGCCCUUGAGAGAGAGAGUUAUUCACAUAUUGGCCUUAAAGCCUUACAGCAAACCUGAACUAUUGCUCUGGCUGGAGAGGGAGAAAGCAAGCCCCAAGGACAAGGCCGACUUGAGCCCUGUGCUGGAUGAGGUGGCGAAACUCAAUCCCAAAGAACACAGCUUUACUCUGAAGGAUGAUUUCUACAGACAUGUGCGGAAAGACUGGCCCGGCUAUGUUGAGGAAGAACGGCAACUCGUUCAGAGGGUGUUAGCAAGAAAGCUCCAGCCGCUCAGCAGCAGCAGCAGCAGUAGCCAGUUGAAAAGCUUCCAGUCCAGCCAUUCAUUCCACAAAACCUCAGGGGAUUCUCCAUCCCAACUCAGCCCUGUCAAGAAUCCCUCCAUGAAACGCCCAGUGCCUUCCGACCAUCCAGAAAGUCAGACGCCGAAAAAGCAACGUUUAUUAGAGCAGAACAUCCCCUUGCAGUCUCCUUCCAAUGGACAUCUCGGCUCAUCUGUGGGUCGCAGCUCUUCCUCUCUUGGAAACACGAGUUUGCAGAGAGGUCCGAACACAGAUGAUCUUUACCAGCGGCACAAGCUCAACGAGGGCAACAGUUUGCCCAAAACAGAGCAGCCCGAACCAGCAGCGCCCAGCCCCCACAAACACCCCAGAACUGAACCGGAAAUCUGCACUGACCAGCAGCUCGCAAACGGCCAGCACAAAAAGAAGAAGUCCAAGAAGCAUAAAGAAAAGGAGAGGGAGCGUUUAAAACCCGAGUGGGUCGAGACCAGUCCUGACCUCAAACACAACCAGGAGAAUAUUAAUGAUCAUGAACGGCCCAACACACCUGUCACCCGCGCCUCGCCUGAUCAGCUGCCCGACUAUUUAUUAAAAUACAACACUAUUACAGACUCAGAGCAGCGGCAGAGAUACAAAGAGGAUUUCUGUGCAGAGUACGAUGAGUACAGAGACCUUCAUGAGCGCAUUGGCAAAGUCACAGAGAUAUUUGUCCAACUCGGAUCCAAGAUAAAAACACUGUCACCUGGCACACAAGAGUAUAAGGUUAUGGAAGAUCAAAUAAUGGAGAAGUAUAAGAAGUAUAAGAAGAAGUUUCCAGGCUACCGGGAAGAAAAGAAGCGCUGUGAAUAUCUCCAUCAGAAACUGUCGCACAUCAAAGCCCUGAUUCUGGACUAUGACCGAACACAGUUGCCAUCCUAGUGCCAGCCAUUCCUCUCUCCUUCUCCUCCUCAAUGCGUUCAAAUGGACCAAAAGACUCCUCAGUGGAUAUAAACCAGGACCAAACGUGGACAAGGCAUUUCCACGUCUUUCCUCCACAAAAACUGUGGUUUACCGUGUGGAGGUCGAGGAUCGUAAGCCCAAACUAUCAAACAAAGGCCAAGACCUCUGACUAGUGACUUAAGCCCUUUAAAGUUUUCCUUUCUUGUUGUUUUUCUCGUCCUUAUAAAGGCCUGGUCACACCAAGGAUGAUAUUAUACUAUAAAGAUAUCCUUAUAGAAAUCAUUCUGAAUGAACAAUAGCGGAUCACAGGUUAUAACGAUAAUCAUGAAGAGAGUCAAUAUAGCUGAAAUCGCUUUCAAAUAUAGCUGAUUUAUAAUAAAUCACAGCCAAUCAGAAUCCUUUCUGGAAACCUAAAUCCAUAAUCUAAAACUGCCAGCGGGUAAAUUUUACCCAUGCACAUGACAUUGUUUUUAUAAGUCUACGAACUGUAUUAUAUCACUGUAUUCUGCUACUGGCUUCGCAAAGUAGUAUAUAGAUUUAUUAAAUAAUUAUUUUAGUCAUCCACUAUUUCCACUGUGAGCUAUGGUACAGUUUAGUACAGUACAGUACGAUUUGGUACAGGUCACCCUAUCAGACUUGUUUCCUAACAGUACCCUGACUGUGUACAACAGAAAGUUGCAAUCAAUAUCAUUCUCGCUCAAACAAGAAAGCUGUUUGGGCUGUUCACAUAUCACGUGCUUUGCACACUCAAGUUCAUUAUUUCAAAUGUAGAAGUAUGGCAUACGUGCACAAAUACAGCAAUGAAUCGACGUCCCUCGCGGUUUUCACACAUUAAGAUGUGAUAUAAACUGCACUGUAAACAACAAUGGAGGACAUACAGCAGAUGCU